AUAAAAUUUAAAAAGAAAUAGAAGACUCGUGAGCCGAUCCUCCAAUGCAAUCUAAUUUAUAUUGGAUUUUAUGUUUAUAAAAAGUAAAAUUACUGAAUAAUAUAUCAUUACUCAUCCACAUGUCAUGUAUACAAUAAUAUGAGAUCAAUCCCGCAAGGAUGGCCUAGCGGUUGGAGCAAGUGUUUAUGUGUCAAUUUAUCCACGUUUAAAUUUCAUUGUCAAUGGUCACUAGGUGGAGUUUGUCGCACGUGGUUAACCUAGAGCGGUUUACGUCUCUCGUAUUGUUUGCAAGCUAUUAUACGAAAGUGUAGGUUCCUUCAUUACCAAAAAAAAAAAAACAUCUGAGAUUCAAGAAAUGGUCUAGCGGUUGAAGCAAGUGCAUCCUUAUCAAUUGACCCAAGUUCAAAUCAUCUUGCCAAAGGUCAUUAUGUCGAGCUUGUCACACAUGGUUAGUCUAAAACGGCUGAUGUCUCUCAUAUAAUUUGGAAGCUAUUAUACAAGAGUGUAGAUUAACUCAAUGCACUUAUAUAGUUAGAGCUGCAAGUUCCUUCAUUACCGACAAAGAAAAUGAGAUCAAACUGUAAAAAGCAAGUACCAAUAUUAAAUAGUAAAUACAACAUUGCUUAGAUAAGAUCGAAUUGCAUAAAAUAAUUAAGCAAUAAUGGUCCUAUUUCAUGGAGUUCAUUUUAGAAGCAAUACACCCCCCUUUUAAUUUGCUUGACCUACAUAAAUUAAAUUGAAUUAUAAUAAUAACACCUAGAUUUCACAUUAGAAGCAAAGCAAAACUCACGAUCUAGAAAUAACUCAAACCCCUUAUCAUGUGACUGCAACAGAAUUUUUAUAUAAUAUUAAUUAAUAAAUGUAUUCACAUCUAAUUGCAUUUGCAUGUGCCUCCCCUCCAUAUUUUAACAUAUAGUUUAAAUUAUAAUAAUUCAAUCAAUAAAAUCACCUGACAUUUUCAGACCUUUAUAAAAACCCCUCUUAAAUUCCUCAAAUCUCAAAUCUCACCAUAUCAAAAAAACCCAUCACAAGUUAAUUUUUCAUAAACACACACACACACACACACACACACACACACACACACACACACACACACACACACACACACACACACACACACACACACACACACACACACUAAAAUUGAAUAUGGCUGCACAAAUAAUCUCUUCUUGUACUAAACAUUUUCUCAUAAUCCUCACCGUAUUUCUAACGCUGACGUCGCUCGCCCGUCACACUUCUGCAGCUUCCAAAAAAGUGUCGUUGUCGGCAUCGCGGGCCUUCAUAAAAAAAUCAUGCAAUACGACGACGUAUCCAUCCCUCUGCAUCAAAACCCUAACCCCCUACGCCCCCUCGGUGGGGACCAGCCGCUUCAAGCUAUGCAACGCGGCCCUUUCGGCCGCCAUAAAGGCGGCCGGAAACUGCUCCGCGGCCGUGUCGAAGCUAUCGUCGACACAAAAGGGGAUUGCGAGGCCGGAGGCGCGCGCGAUUAAGGAGUGCAUAAGCGAUCUGAAGGAUGCAGUGUACGAGCUGAAGCAGACGGUGGCCGCAAUGGGCCGUCUGGGGAAGGGCGCCGACAGGGAUUUCCAGUGGGCGAAUGCGAAGACGUACGCCAGCGCAGCGAUAACCGACGCGGAGACGUGCGUGGACGGGUUCUUGGGCCGGAAGGUGAACCCGGUUGUGAGGAAGAAGAUUAGGAGCUGUGUUGUUGGUGUGGAGAAACUCAUUAGCAAUGCCUUGUCACUUAUUAAUCGCCUUUACUGAACCCUAAUUAUUUAUACAUAAAUAAUUAAUUGUUGUUUGUUUUUAGAUAUAAUACUAUCCCAUAUCCAUAAUAUGAAAUUCAAAGUUAUUUUCCUCAAAUCUAAUUAAAUCAUCUUGUUACAAUAAGAACCUAAGUUAUGGCACUUUGUCUUGUGUCGAAUCAAUCUGUUUUUUAAUAUUUUCUUCAUUAUAUAUACAUAUUUUCUUACAUAUCAAAUAUUGCCACUAAUUAU